AGUUGUCCCUUUCGCACUCCAUAUUAAGGAAGUAAGCAGCCUUUUGGCUGAUUCAUGAUUGCCACAGCUUUGGGGGAGAAUGUGGCUGGUUGUGUGGCUUGUGGUCGCCCUGAGUGUUUCGGGCUCAUCAGGAGUUUGUCCGUGCAAACAGGAGGAUCUCUGUAAACCGGUUCAACAACAACAUGAGUUUGAGGUUUUCGUGUUUGAUGUUGGAGGUAAAGAAUGGCAAUUUUAUGACUGGUCCAUGGUGACAACAGUUGCUACUUUUGGAAAAUAUGAUGCUGAGUUAAUGUGCUACGCUCAUUCCAAAGGGGCGAGAGUUGUAUUGAAAGGUGAUGUACCCCUCUCAGAUAUUGUGGAUGCUGCCAAAAGGAAAGCUUGGAUCACAGAAAAAGUCAAUUUGGCUAAAAGCCAGUUCAUGGAUGGGAUAAACCUUGACAUUGAGCAGGCUGUAAAUGAGUCAACCCCUGAGUACUAUGCUUUGACAGCCCUUGUCAAUGAGACAGCAGACAUGUUCCAUAGAGAAAUUCCCGGCUCUCAGGUAUCAUUUGAUGUGGCUUGGUCACCCAAGUGCAUUGAUGGGCGCUGCUAUGACUAUAAAGCGAUUGCAGAUUCCUGCGACCUGGUAUUUGUCAUGUCUUAUGAUGAACAGAGUCAGAUAUGGGGGAACUGCAUUGCAACAGCAAAUGCACCUUUAAAUCAAACACUGACAGGAUAUAAUCACUACCUGGAGAUGAAGAUAGAUGCAAAAAAACUGGUUAUGGGAGUUCCAUGGUAUGGGUACGACUAUGUGUGCCUGAACUUGUCCGAGGCAGAUGUCUGUACAAUAUCUAAAGUGCCUUUUAGAGGAGCUCCUUGCAGUGAUGCAGCUGGAAAGCAAAUUCGUUAUAGCUACAUAAUGAAACAAAUUAAUAGCUCCAUGUCUGGAACACUAUGGGAUGACCGUCAACAAGCUCCUUUUUACAAUUACAAGGAUAGCAAGGGUAACAUCCAUCAGGUGUGGUAUGACGAUCCACAGAGCAUUAUACAGAAGGCUGCCUACGUAAAACAGAAUAGUUUGAGAGGGAUUGGCAUGUGGAAUGGAAACUGCCUUGACUACAGCGAUGACCCUGUCGCCCAGGAGCAAAGUGCUGAAAUGUGGCGUGUGCUUAUUCAAAUGUAAAAUUCUGUGUUUGACAGUCUCUCUUUUCUCCUAUCCAGACGACUGUUUGUCCCAGAUCAAAUAAAAGACAUCUUGUAAAACUCAA